CUAACAAUCCUCGACCCCUUCCGUCCAGACUGGGACAGUUCGUGGCGCGAAGACCCAUCUUUCCCGCCGUUCAAGGAACAGGUCUCGUGGGAGAUGGAGCAGCGAGAACGGGCUGAUAUUGUGCUGUUUCACUUUGAUCCUGCGAGUAUGGCGCCGAUUAGUUUGUUGGAGUUGGGGCUGUGUAUGCGGGAGCCUGGCAAGGUGGUGGUUGUUUGUCCGAGGGAGUAUUGGAAGAGUGGGAAUGUCAGGUGGGUUUGUGAGAGGUUUGGGGUGCAGGUGGUGGAGGGUUGGAGGAGGGGCGGGUGUUGUGGGGGUUGGUUUGGGGUUUGGUUGAGGGGGUGA